ACGCAGCACCGCUGGUGAAGAUGGCCGACUGUCUACGUGUUACUCCGCUGCUGCUCCUCACCUGCAUGCUGUCGUCCGCUCAGCUCCUCCGGGGAGACAACACCGUAGUGGAGAACCCUCCUAACGCCGGCGCGGAGAAGCUGCCGGAGCCGGCCGGAGCAGCGGUGGCCGCGGCCGGGGCGGGCAGCCCGGCGGAGCGGAGCCCGGCGGAGCGGAGCCCCGGCGCCGGUGCUGUCGCGGCCUCGCCGCCGCGCCGCCGGGCUGCCGGCUGGAGGCUGGCCGAGGAGGCGGCGUGCAGGGACGACUUGAGCCGCCUCUGCCCCCGGCACUCCUGGGGCAACAACCUGGCGCUGCUGGAGUGUCUGCAGGACAAGAAGGAGGAAACUGAAAUUGCCGCUGAAUGCAAUCAUUUACUAUGGAACUACAAGUUGAACUUGACCACGGACCCCAAGGUUGAAUCCGUAGCAGUGGAGGUCUGCAAGACAACAAUCUCUGAGAUUAAAGAAUGUGCAGCAGAGGAACUGGGAAAAGGCUUCCUGGUGUCGUGUUUGGUGGAUCACCGUGGCAACGUCACGGACUACCAGUGCAACCAGUACAUCACCAAGAUGACCAGCAUCAUCUUCAGUGACUAUCGACUUAUCUGUGGUUUCAUGGACAAGUGUCGAGAGGAUAUCAACGCAUUGCACUGUGGCAGCAUCAGCACCGGAGAGAAAGACGUCCACUCACAAGGAGAAGUUAUUGCCUGUUUGGAAAAAGGAUUGGUUCAGGAAGCUGAGGAGCAGCCAGGCGCGCGCCACAUCAGCGGGGAGUGUAAAAAGGCCAUCAUGAGAGUUGCAGAGCUGUCCUCCGAUGACUUCCACCUCGAUCGCUAUCUGUAUUUCGCGUGCAGAGAGGACCGAGAACGCUUCUGUGAAAAGACAUUGGCUGGGGAGGGACGAGUGUACAAGUGUCUCUUCAAUCACAAAUUUGAGGAGGCCAUGUCUGAGAGGUGCCGAGAGGCACUAACUACCAGACAAAAACUGAUUGCGCAGGACUACAAGGUGAGUUACUCUCUUGCCAAAGCCUGCAAGUCUGACCUGAGAAAGUACCAGUGUAGCGUGGAUAUGAACAUGCCACGAGCACGAGAAGCCCGUCUGUCCUACUUACUGCUGUGCCUGGAAUCUGCUGCACAUGGAGGGCAUUUGGUUAGUGGUGAGUGUCAAGGUGAGAUGAUGGAUUACCGGCGGAUGUUGAUGGAGGAUUUUUCCUUGAGUCCUGAGAUCGUGCUAAACUGUCGCCGUGAGAUUGAGGAUCACUGUUCUGGAUUGCACCGCAAAGGACGGACGCUCCACUGCUUAAUGAGAAUUGGCCAAGGAGGCAGGGAAGUCAUUGAGCCCAACUGUAUGAAGUCGCUCCAAGCUCUUAUCCAAGAAGCUGAUCCUGGAGCCGACUAUCGCAUCGACCGGGCCCUUAAUGAGGCGUGUGAAUCCGUUAUCCAGACAGCCUGUAAACACAUCCGUAGUGGAGAUCCCAUGAUCCUGUCAUGUCUGAUGGAACAUCUUUACACGGAGAAGAUGGUAGAAGACUGUGAACAAAGACUCCUGGAGCUGCAGUACUUCAUUGCCAGGGACUGGAAGUUGGACCCAGUCCUGUACAAAAAGUGUCAAGGUGACGCUGCCCGGCUCUGCCACACUCACGGCUGGAAUGAGACCAAUGAAAUGAUGCCACCCGGGGCCAUUUUCUCCUGCCUGUAUCGCCACGCCUACCGCACAGUGGAGCAGGGACGGAGGCUCUCCCGGGACUGUAAAGUGGAGGUGCAGAGAAUCCUCCACCAGAGGGCCCUGGAUGUGAAGCUGGACCCAGAGCUGCAGAGACGCUGCAUGAGUGACCUGGGGAAGUGGUGCAGUGAGAAACCCGAGGCCGGGCAGGAGCUCGAGUGUCUGCAAGAUCAUCUGGAGGAUCUGGCGUCCGACUGCAGGGAUGUAGUGGGGAACCUGACAGUGCUGGAGUCAGAGGAUAUUCAGAUUGAGGCGCUACUGAUGAGAGCUUGUGAACCUGUGAUCCAGGGUUACUGCCACGAGGUGGCCGAUAACCAGAUUGACACGGGUGAUUUGAUGGAGUGCUUGGUUCAGAACAAACACCAGAAGGAGAUGAAUGACAAGUGUGCUGUUGGAGUUACACACUUCCAGCUGAUUCAGGUCAAAGACUUCCGUUUCUCCUACAAGUUCAAGACGGCCUGCAAAGAGGACGUCUUAAAACUGUGUCCCAACAUCAAGAAGAAGGUGGACGUUGUGAUCUGCCUCAGCACCACAGUGAGGAAUGACACCCUGCAGGACGCCAAGGAACAGCGAGUGUCCGUCAAAUGUCGUAAACAGCUGCGAGUGGAGGAAGUGGAGAUGUCUGAGGACAUCCGUCUGGAGCCAGAGCUGUACGACUCCUGCAAGCAGGACAUCACCAGGUUGUGUCAGAAUGUGGCCUUUGGUAACGCACAGGUUAUUGAGUGUCUGAAGGAGAACAAACGCCAUCUGACUCAGCGUUGCCACCAAAGGAUCUUCAAGCUGCAGGAGGUAGAAAUGGUUGAUCCUGAACUUGACUAUCAGCUGAUGAAAGUCUGCAAGCACAUGAUCAGGCGAUUCUGUACCGAGGCAGAGGGGAAAAAUGUUCUUCAGUGUCUAAAACAGAACAAAAACAGUGAGAUGAUGGAUCCUAAAUGCAAACAGAUGAUCACCAAGAGACAGAUCACCCAAAACACAGACUACAGGUUGAACCCAGUGCUGAGGAAGGCCUGUAAAGCUGACAUCCCAAAGUUCUGUCAAAAUGUCCUUCACAAAGCAACAGCUGACACUGAGCUUGAGGGUCAGGUCAUCUCCUGCCUCAAACUCAAAUAUGCUGACCAGCGUUUGUCUCCUGAUUGUGAGGAUCAGAUCAGGGUCAUCCUGCAAGAGGCGGCACUAGACUAUAGACUGGACCCCCAACUGCAGAUUCACUGUACACAAGAGAUCUCCAGUCUUUGUCCAGAGGAGGCAGCAGCUCAGGAACAAACGGGACAGGUGGAAGAGUGCCUGAAAGUCAACUUGCUAAAGAUCAAACAAGAGGAAUGCAAGAAGGAAGUAUUAAACAUGUUGAAGGAGAGUAAGGCCGACAUUUUUGUUGACCCUGUUCUUCACACAGCCUGUGCUUUGGACAUCAAACACCACUGUGCUGCCAUCCCACCUGGCAAAGGGCGGCAGAUGUCCUGCCUGAUGGAGGCGCUGCAAGACAAACGUGUUCGUUUGCAGCCGGAGUGCAAGAAAAGACUCAAUGAUCGCAUUGAAAUGUGGAGCUACGCUGCUAAGGUGGCUCCGGCUGAGGGCUUUUCGGACCUGGCCAUGCAGGUGAUGACGUCCCCGUCCAAGCACUACAUCCUGUCUGUGAUCGGUGCUGGCGUUGCACUGCUCUUCCUGGUGGGGAUGCUCUGUGGGAGAUUCACCAAGAGAGUUACUCAGGAACUAAAGGACAGGUAGACCUCGCCCCCUCUGAGGGCAGGACACCCCGCAGCAGAAAGGCCGACUACUGAAAAGGAGAGUACAUCACGUUUGCCCUUAAUCUUCUCUACAAUUCUCCAUCUGACCUUUUGGAUUAUCUUCACCAAAUCCAACUCAACUCAAUUUACCUGCAUUCGUCUUCAAUAAAACAUCUCAUUUUAUGUUUCCGAAGGAGGCCUUUAAACGGGAAUGAAAUGACCUAGAACCCACAUGUGUAAGACGGUCCUGCCCUGUAUUUUAAUGACUAAAGCUGUUGUGUUGGUGUGGGUGGGUGUGAAGAUUCUGUUAUCCAAUAUGUGUCUUUACUUCAACAUUCUUUUUGGGUUCCCCAGUAUUUGCUGGAUUUGGACUUUGCAGUAUAAGAGCUUUGCUCCUUUUGUAUAUAUAAAAUUUUCAUUGCCAUGGGACUGCCAGGCAGGUAAUGGGAACAAGCCACACACGAGAGAAGGCAGCGCUGCAAGAAUUGAAUGGAAGAAAAAUGUAUUUUUCCUACAACAUUUUUUUUUCUUUUUUUGCUUUCUUUAUUUUAAUUUUAAGAACCCCCUAGUAGGCAACUUCUGCUGUCCUCUAAUGCAGCCCACCCCUCGAAACAGCCAGUGCCAUAAAGUACCAUCUCUCUCUCCUGCUCUUGGUACCACUUUCAUUGUUCCCACUGCAGGUGGAGGUUUUUUUUUUUUUUUUAAUAAGCUUGCUUGGAAUCAUAACUUAUUUUCAGGAGAACUUUGAUCCCAGUUUAAGCAGACAGGAUGAGCAGAGUGCGCUUUUUUUCCCACAAAGGAUCUGGCAGCGUGCCUGUCUUGCACAGGGCUGGUUGGCUCAAGCGGAAAGUACUGCAGGGAAGAGGAAGAAGAAGAAAAAAAAAAGAAAACAGCUUGCAGUAGGUAAAACACAUCAUGAAGAUGUGAAUAUUUGUGUAAACUUGUUACUGGACUCAUUGAUCAACUUGUGUUUUAUAUAUAUAUAUACACAUACUGUGUGUGUAUAUAUAUAUAUAUAUAUAUAUAUAUAUAUAUAUAUAUAUAUUUGCUUUGCUUUGAAUGUUCUCCCUGGUUGCCUUUUCUCCAGCAAGAGACCUGCUUAAUCUGUUUAAGUGGAGGGAAAGGGUGAUGAAAAGGUUCUUUCAGGCUUUAUAGCAUUGAAUGAUUCCAUGCCGUCUGGGUUUGUUUACAACUAUCAGUCACAUGACUCUGGCCGGGGAGGAGUGUUGUGAUGCUCUAUCGCUCCAGUGACCGUUACUUCGUCCCACUCAUUUGAAGCAGUGCUGUUACAGCUGCCAUGUCCUACUAUUGCUACAGUAUAUCAUCCUCCCAAACCCAACAAGGACUUCCUGGAUCACUGCUUUAUUCCUGACACAACUGACCACUCUGUUACCCGACAAAAUACUUUUGGGAGAUUUUAAAAUGAACAUGGACAGUGUAUCAUUAUAAGGUUUUACACCUUGCCUGGACAGUUUGGGAUUAUAGCAAUAUGUCAGUUUUCCAAUGCAUUCUAGAGGUCAUGCACUUGAUUUGAUUUGUUGUUCUGGUAUCACUCCUCAAAUUUGUAAGAUUUUGGUCCUUUCUCUGAUCAUAUGUUGAUAUCAUUCAUGUUCAACCUUGGUAUCUCCAAGAUCAACCCACCAUGUACUAUGUUUUACCGCAACUUAGGAGACCUUAGUAUCGACACUUUCAUCACUGGCACUGACUCUGCCUAGUGCAGACUGUUUCUACUCCAGGUGAACUGAUAUCCGUCUACAAUGACAGUCUGCACAAUCUCCUCACUAACCGUGGCUUAGUUACUAGAUCUGUUACAUUCAUCCGCUCUUCCACUUGGUACACUCCCGUUCUUAGACUGCUGUAAGCUAAAGGUUGUCAACUUUCUACAGAAAGACAGGUCAAGCAAAUGUAUUCUAGUCAUAUUUCUUGUUACAAGGACUGUAUCAUUCAAGUGAAAUCCACCAUUACUCUGCUUUAAUUAGCUCAAAUGUUGGUGAUUCCAGGACUCUGUUUUCACCUCUCAAGUUCCCGACUCCCUAGCUCCACAUAACUUUUCUACGUAUUUCUGCAAUACAUUAACGUCCAUCAGCAACUUAAUAAUAACUUAAUAAUCAAAUUUCACCAUCAUCUGAAUUCCCAAUGCUCCCUUUUCAGUCGUUCUCAGAAUUCACUCUACCUUCUGUUACUGAAGUUUCUGAAUUAAUCAUGAAAUUUAAAUCGUCAACCUGUCAACUAAAUCCUCUCCCGACUACUGUUGUCAAGGCCACUGUCUCCUCUUUUUCCCCUCUGAUCAAACACAUAAUCCACUCAUCUCUCAACACUGGAAUUGUUCCUUAUUCCCUCAAAACUGCUGUUGUGACUCCAAUUCUUAAGAAGACUGGUGCAUACCCCCCCAUAACCUCAAUAAUCUUCGUCCCAUCUCUAAUCUUCCUUUCAUUUCCAAAAUCCUUGAAAAAUUCUCAGCUCCAUGAUCACCUCCCACAAAAUAAUCUCUUUGAACAGUUCUAGUCCCCCUCAACUCCACUGAAACGGCCUUACUUAAAAUGACUAAUGAUAUCCUCUUAGCAGCUGACUGGUCUGUCCAUUCUCUUCUACUUGAUACGUUUGCAGCUUUUGAUACCGUCUCACAAUCCAUCCUUUUUCACAGACUUCUCUCUAUUGGUAUCACACACAUACCCCUUGCCCAGUGUAAAUAUGAUCUUUUUGGCUGCGAUAAGUUUCUCUCAAUUGAAAUCAAAUUUGAAAUUCAAAUCACACCCACUCCCAGUCACCUCAGGUGUGCCCCAGGGUUCUGUCCUAGGGCCCCUGCUCUUCAUUAUAUACACACUCCUCCACACUUUCAAUGCUAUGCGGAUGAUACCCAGCUUAACAUUUCUUCAAAACCCAACUCCACUAUUCUUCCUUCAUCCCUUACUGAUUGCCUUCUUUAAAUAGAAUAUUGGUUCACCUGCAACUUCCUGAAGUUAAAUCAUGACAAGUCAGAAAUGUUACUUAUCUGCACCAAAUAAGCUCUAGCCAAAUCCAACAGUUUUACACUUUCUAUUGACGACUCGUCAAUUUCUCCUCUGGGUGUCAUCCUCGACAGCACACUCUUUCCUGUCACAUAUUAACAACAUAACCUGGUCAUCUUGCUUUGAUCUUUACCACGUCGAUCGCCUGCGUCCAUCUCUCACCACUACCGUACUGGUCCACAGUCUCGUCACUUCAUGACUUGACUACUGCAACUCCGUCCUGUAACGUUCACAAAAAGCUCAACAAAUUGCAAUUCCAGAACUGGAGUAAACUGUUACAUGACUCCGUUUCUGAAUCACUUACAGUAUUCAAUAUAAAAUAUGAACUGUUACUUUUAAGGCCAUUCAGGUCACUCCCACCAGGUCUCCACAACAUCAACCUGAACAGACGUCUGUACAGUUUGUUAAUCUGUCCAAGCAUUAUUGUACAGUCAUUUGUUCAUUUUUUUUAUUAUUUCAUGGGGAGUUUUGUACCUGGUUUUAUCUGUACGGUGACCUUUAGUGUCAGAAAGGCGCCUAUAAAUAAAAUUAUUAUUAUUUAUUAAUAAGAUUAAGAUUAUCCUCUUGCUCCAGCAAGCGGCUGGUUUGUCACUUACAUAAAGAGUGUUGGUUUCUGUUUGACGUCAGAAAUAAAGUUACAGGGAUUUUCUAGAGCUCAUCCCAGCUCUUUUCAGUCAAAAGGCACCAGUCCAUCACAGUGGUUUCUAUGGGCAAAUUCAAGUCACCAAUUACUUUCGUAUCUGCUUUUCUGACUCUGGGAGGGAGAUAGUGCCUGUUUAAGUCCACACAAGCAUGGAGAACAUUUAAACUCCAUACAGAAGAGUCUGUGCCGGGAUUUGAACCGAGCUGAGAGGCAACAGUGACAACCACCAUGCUACCUGGAUCAUUUUUAUUAUUAUUUUUUUAUUAAUGAUAUUUGAUUAAAUAUAAAUAAGUUUUGAGGGCUUUUGAUUUUAUAGACCUGAGAUAUAAAGACAGUUCACUGAGAAUAAUUGCAAGAUGCAUUUCUGAACAGAAGGACUUGUUUCCUGUUCAUUGAUCUGUUUAUAUGACACUCAGUAUGCAAGUUGAUACUUGCAGUGUAACGUGGUAAGAGUUUUGAUCAAAUUGUGAAUUGCAAAAAUAAUUAAGCUUUUUGGUCUUGGUUUAAGAAAGGAGGGAGAAAAGGUUUCUGCUUGAAAAAGACUUCUGUGCGCCUAAGCAGACCAGUGAAUAGCUUGAUUCAGUCGUGUACAUUUGUACUAUAUGAGUGAUGACAUACUGUAAACUACAUGCCAUGCAGUUAACCUGUACUUUUAUUUUUUUUCAUUUGUAAUUGUUGAAGUCUGGUAUGGUAUAACUGCCAUCCCUGCUUGUAAAAAAAAAAUGCUUUCCUCACUGAAAUGCCUUUGUAGUAUUUAUUUAUUUUUUUCAUUUUUUUUUUAUCUAGUGGGUUUCUGUUUGUUUUGCUUCAUUAUUUCUCUUUAAGUGUGCAGCAGCAGAGCAGAAAAAUAUGGGUGCGAGUGCAUUUCUGUUGGUGAGCUGCCAACACAAUGUUGUUUUUGAAGUCCAAAGUGAUUACCCCCACAUAUAUGUGUUAUCUUUUUUUUUUGUUAAUUAUCAGAUGAGAGCUUAAGUAAACAAAAUUUGAUGCCUAAAUCCAUGGACCCCAUUAUUGUCUGACUAAUUGUUUCACUUUUUGUAUAUAUGGAAUUUUGACAGUUUUAAUAAUAAAGUCUGCAAGUUUCUAGUUCA